AUGGCCUCGCCUGGCCCUUCCGACGCGAGGGCAGGGUCGGCGAGCCAGGACCCUGGCGCGCAGCCUAUCACGGAGGAGGAGUACGACAUUGAACAUCAUAAGCAGAUCACCGCAAAAAGGAACUUUGACCAGGUCAUUUUUGGACGAUGGCAGAUCAAGACGUGGUACUUCUCGCCCUAUCCGCUCACCGAAACGGAGGCUAUGUUGUGGGUGUGCGACAGAUGCUUCAAGUACAUGGCAGAAGGGCUGUCUUGGGAAUUGCAUAUGAAAAAGUGUACCCGUAAAAACCCACCAGGUCGUAAGGUCUACCAGCGCGGUGCACACAUAAUCUGGGAGGUAGAUGGGGCCAAGGACAAGUUAUAUUGCCAGAACCUUUCGCUGUUUGGCAAGCUCUUCAUCGAUAUUAAGACGCUCUUCUUCGACUGUGACAACUUCCUCUUCUACAUCCUUACAGAUGCGGACUCCCAGCGUGACCAUGUCCUGGGAUUCUUCUCGAAGGAGAAGAUAUCCUACGACGACUACAACCUCGCAUGCAUCGUCGUACUUCCGCCUUAUCAGAGGAAGGGCUAUGGCAUGCUCAUGAUAGAGUUUAGCUACGAGCUCUCGCGCCGCGCAGGACGCAUCGGCACGCCAGAACGUCCCCUAUCAGAUCUCGGGCUCCGGAGCUACCUCACGUACUGGGUGUCCACACUGAUCAGGUUCUUCCGGUGCGUCUGUGGUCACAUGUGUGCCAUGCCCGAGGCUGACAGAUCCACCGCGUACGGCCGCAGACGGCUGCUGUCUGUGCUGCCGCCGGAUGCAUCUAAGAUGAUUACGACGGGCGGCGGUGUGCCAGACCUCGCACAGGCACACCUGCUAUCGCCGACAGCAGAGUCGGAAGACGGUAUGGGCCCGAAGAUGAAGCGGCGCAAGAGCACGAAGGGAUGGGACGGCGAAGAGCUCCCGGCUACGAAGACACGUCCCGCGGAGCCGCACGAUGAUGCCGGUACGUCUCCGUUUGCCGCAGGCCAGUUGAUGUCUGCUGCUGCGACAUGUCCCCGAGCACACUGGUAA